CCAUAAUACAAAAGAAGAAGAAGAAGAUCUUGGACGCUGGGAUAGCACUUCUACUUUGCCGACAGACGACACCUGCUUCGCUGCCGACGACUUCCAAGUUGUGGGCUGCCGACAAAUUCGUCUGACAUUGUGGAAUAUUUAUCCACAAUCGCCAUACAUUUCAAUUUCCAGCAGAACGGAGUAAGUCUCAAAUCUUCAGGAGCAUCACUUCGUAUUGUCCACCAAAGCAACACAAUGAUCACAAGGAGAAGAGGCCAUUGUCACCCUCAGCUGAAGUCUCGAGAGGUUGAAGUAUGCAGUGCUGUGACAGCUAUUGAAGACCUCCCAAAUCUACCUGAGGAGUUCACAGCUGAUGCCUUUGACAGUGCUGGAAUAGAGCUAGACGACUUGUUUGGAAUUGAAUCCCUAAAAUGGACUCCUGAGCGAGACACAACUUCCCCUAUCUUUGACGUGGAGCUCGGUGAGUACAGCACCCAGAGCCGAGAUAGUGGAGCUGAAGAUUCGACCGCCUGCUCUCCAGAGAACAUGUUUUCCGCCUUGAAGAUCAGGAACAAGCAAAUGCCGUCUACAGUUGUGGGCAACAAAAAUGCCAUAGCCGCCAGGUUGAAUCGUCUCAAAAAGAAAGAGUACAUAAACAGCCUGGAAAAGAAAGUGGGUAUGGUAUCCACAGAAAACAACAUGCUCAAAGUGGAAAACUCUCAGUUGACCAAGAGAGUGGAAGAACUGGAAGAUGAGACCAGGGCGCCGACUCAAACGAGCACAACUACGCGCUCCCAAGGAAACGUGUGAAAGUGGAGGAGAAAGAGACCUCGGGCGGCGUGUGCCUCCACGUGGACAAGAACCAUGUCUCAGUGGAGUUCUGCACUAAGUGUGCAGAGAGUGCAAGCACGUCGCUUAAAAUGUAGGGUCAAGUACUUUUUUUCAACUUUUGAGACAGAACUUGAUAUGUGGCUCAAUCUACUGGCCAUCUAUGUUGGAGGAAGACUGUUGAAUUAAUUCUAUACAUAAGAACUACUGAUUGUGCAUGUACUUAAUGAGAUGUUGGCUUGACUGAUCGUUACUGCUAAACCCUGUUGACAGUUUCUUCUAGGUAAUGGUUGAUCUACCAUGAGGGACGAAUGGCUCUCUGAACACCUAAACCUGCUUGAACUCCAUGGUAAGGAUCAGACCAGAAAGAGUUUAGACAUCCAGCGCUGACAAUAUUAUACUUUGACUUUUGAAAAUAAUUUUGUUAUUACGACAAGGUUAUUUUUCUUAGUUUUUUUUGUACGAGUUUGGUUAUAACUAAAGUGUAAAAGCUAUGAAUGUUAAAUCCUUCUAAAAGCAAUUGCACAGAAGAUGUAGAAAUGACGGUGAAGGUCCACAAAGAGUCAUUUUUAACUGCUUUUCCAAACAAAGUCCUAAUUGAACUGGUUUACUUUUGUUCAUGAAUCUCUUUGUGAACCAGCACCAUUAUACAAAAAGAAUACUUUGAUUCAGCGCCACUUGUUUUUCUUUAUUGCUGAAGUGGAUUCUGCUGGUGGAGGUUGAAGAGACUCGACAAACUGCUGCCAACGUGGCCUGCUAUUUUGAAUUUUUUUUUUUUAAAGGUAGUAUUGGUAACAAUGGUAUUUGUCACUUUAUUUACAUUUUUUGUUCAAGUGUUGUCUGCGUUUUCUUCUGCACUUCAGACAACAGUUUUUGGAGUUCAGUGCAGUUCCCCCAUUGUUUCCUCAUUGUUGGAGUUCAUUGAAAUUCUACAUUAAAGUUAGGUGAUUACUUAUCACCAUCAGUUGUAAUGACAUGUAAAUGUGUACAUAGCUUUGAAUAUGUGUCAGAUAAUUGACCUCUGACUAUUGUUGAACAAAUAAAUCCUAUUUUAAUUGUU